GUGGUGUGUGUGUUGGGGUUGUGCGGGUGGGGGUGAUUCGUCACGUCCCAAGUGUGCCGAAUCAGCGCGCUGAGGACCGCACUCGGAUUAAGCGCGCGCUCCGGACAGCUCCCGGCACUCUUCUCGCGCCGCAGCUCGCGCCCAGCUCGUGCUCAGCAUCCUACCCCGCGAAAUGAGCGCCAUCCUCUCGUGCCAGGACGCCGCGAGCUUCGCAGGGGUCGCGCGCUACGCCUGUGCUUACUCCGCCUCGCCGCCGCCUCGCGCCACUGUUGACGUUUCCAAGGCGACGCUCGCUCCCUUCUGGGACGCCGGUGCCCUGGACAACGCGGGUUGCCAGCACGAGCCGCCGCUGCGGGACUCUCAGAUCCCUUCUGCCCAUGCUGUCCUGCACGACACAACCUGGCCGGAUCAGCUGUCCCCUCACCUCCAGAGGAACAGACAGCUGCAGGACACACUGAUGCAGAAGGAGGAGGAGCUGGCCAGACUGCAGGAGGAGAACAACAAACUCAAAGAGUUUCUCAACUCAUCCUAUGUCAAGUCUCUGGAGGAAAAGUCAAAGAGGCUUCUUUCUGCUCAGAGAUUCUCGGACACAAGGCAGAGGAAGCGGACACUUAACGAGGCGGGCAACUGUCUUAAUCUAAGCCGUUUGCUGCAGGGUGGCGAGGAAAAACGCGUAUGCCGAAACCUCUCUCUGGAGUUCUGCUCGGCCGAAGACUUGGCCAGCACCCCGCCGCUGGACUCUUGGAUCCUGGAGACCCUGGGAUUGCAGGACGAGGACACCAUUGACCCUGACAGCAGCUUCAGCAGCCCCACAACCGACUACACGCCUUCAUUCUGCUCUCCAGCACCCAGCACUGACCAUUUCAGCCCAGCGGCAAGGGACAGCGCCACCUGCAGUCCUGACACCAACAACCACUGCGAGUACGGCAGUGUCAUUGACUCUUCCAGCAGCUUCAGCCACAGCAUGGACUCCAGCACAGAGUAUUCAACCCUCGACCCCUCACCAUUGUACACAGUCACGUCUACAGGCUCACUGGUCAGCUCUCUGCCGGCUAUCGUUCCUACCGGACUCUUCACUCCACCUCGGGCUGCUUCAACCCCUCAGCGCUCACACAGUUCCACCUCAGGACCACACUGUCAAAACCACAGCUCCCCCAGUCUGCCAGGGUGCAACGCUGUGCUGUUCUCCACACCACGCACAACACGUAUUGGAACAGACUUAGCAUUUAGCAUGUCUUUAAGCCCACAGAGCAGUGUGAAGACACACACUUUCCCACAAGGACAGGCUUUCACACGAAGAGACUCGCAAGGUGGCUGGAACUUUACCUGGGUGCCGAAGCAGUGUUCUUAGAGAUAAUGAGUAACAGAUAUUAUUUUGUAGAGGAGAAGAGAAAGACCACAUUUCAAACACUUCUGGUAUUCCGCUGUUCAUGUCUUCCAGUGUGUAUUUAAUAACUAUUGUCAGUGAGACAUGAAGCCAUAUAGCUGAGAGGAAACUAAUUAAAUACUCAUUCAAAUAAACCAUAAGGUGAAUGUGUGUGUAGUGUGUUUUGAUUGAUUUGUGAUUGACAAAGAGGAUUUAUCUGUUCUGUUAGAAUAACCAAUAA